GGUUUCGUUUUCCUAUCUAUAGCUUUAUUCUCUAGUUCCCGUACCCCUCUUAUCCCUCCCACGCCAUCAUAACCUCUGUUUGUCCUUAUUAGAAUACUUUGCCCAUCUUCACUCUAGCUCUCACCCGCUCUAUCCAGAACUAAAACAUUCUCAUCUCACAAAAAUUCCCCGUCCACCUUAUUACCAAUCAACUUCCUUCCCUCUAUUGUUUCCACAAAGUUUGCGAUAAGUGAGAGAGCUUUACAAACUUUCCUUAAAAAUCAUUCGUCUUUGCUGCACUGAGAUUUACACUGCUGCCCGAUGGAGCUCUGCGUUCUCUGGACCCUGGCCAACAUAUUUGUUUUCAGCGUUUCACAAGUGUACGGUAGUCUGCCAAUCCCUGUUUUGCAUUUCGAAGAGAAUAUCAUUGAAGAUGACGUCACGUCCAUUACAUGCACUUUACCCUACAAUGACUACCCAGAUGUUAAACUUGUCAUCAAGGGUAACACGACCAUCAAAGAUUGCACCCCUAGAAAAGGAAACUACCCAAAUGUCACCUGUACCGUGGAGGUCACCCAAGAGAUGCAUGAGAUGGAGUUCACCUGUGAGGCUGAGUUUAAAACCCUAAGCCUGCCUAAACCAAUGUACAUUCAAACUGGGCCCGAGAUCACAGACUGUCCUGACAAUUUGGUGUGGAUUGAGGGAGAGGAGCACAGCUUCUACUGCAGGGCCACAGGAUACCCCCCGCCAACAGUGACCUGUAAGAAAGACAACACCACCACCACCUAUAAAGUUGAGGAGAAAUUCACAGCAAUGAGAAAUAUGAUGGGGGUGUACACCUGCAUUGCUUCGAACUUUGACAAGGUUACAAAGAAAGUAAACGUGUCUGUAGAGUAUAAACCCAAAGUAUCAAGCAUAAAACUGAAUCCACCUUUACAUGGAGAAGGAGAUAAAGUGGAGAUAACUUGUGAGGCUGACGGGGUUCCCAAUCCAAUUUACAGCUGGAAAACACCUUCUUCUGACCUACAGUUCUCAGCUGAUAACCGAACUGUUACCAUCAAGAGUCUGCAAACGAGUCAUCUAGGAAAUUACCAGUGUAUAGUAGAAAACAAGCAUGGGACGCACAAUGGGACCCAAAAACUGAAUCUCGCAGUGAAGCCUAAGAUAUCCCGUUUGGACAUUGAGCCAUCCACACAGGUGCUUGAAGGCGCCAAUGUAACGUUAACCUGUGAAGCCAGCGGAUCCCCCCCUCCUGAAUUGAGUUGGAUCACCCCAGGACCUAAUGUGCAGAUUUCUGAGGACAAACACACUGUCAAAAUAUGGGGGUUCACUAAGAAACACGUGGGAUUGUAUACCUGUAAGUCUCAGAAUGAGCACGGAAGUGACACACAAAGUGGACAACUCUCUCUAGCAGUAAAACCCAAAAUAGUUCAAAUCAAAGUGCAACCAUCAACCUCUGUAGCUGAAGGGGCCAAUGUGACUCUGACAUGUAUAGCAGAAGGCGUGCCCCCGCCUACAUUCAGCUGGGAGACCCCAACACCUGAUGUGCAGCGCAGCGCCGAUCAUAGCGUCAUUAACAUCUGGAAUGCAAAGAAAACCCAUAAUGGCAAUUAUCAGUGCAAGGCGGAAAACAAACACGGCUUGGCCACAAAGACACAGAAAAUCGUAGUAAAAGUUACAGAACCAAAGGGAAGCAGAGGAGGGCGACAAGAGCCUGUAACAGUCACCAUCUUGGCCACAAUCAUCUCCACAAUUCUAUUUUAUUAUUUGUAUUAAAGAUCUUCACAUCAUCACAAACAUUUCCAAUAAACCAUGAAAAAAAAACAUCUCUUUAUACUCAAUAACAUUGUUCUCAGUCAAUAAGGCUCUACAUGGAAUAAACUAUUCUAUAAAACAUA